CUAUAUGCGCUCUGCGCCUCGACGUCUCCUGCCAUUGGUGUCUGUGCCAUUACUAAUAGAGUCUUGUAAACACUCGUUAAUCACGUAAGUGCUUCUGCUCGGAAACUCGACUUGCUAGUCGCAGGAACUUCUCCUCCUCGGCAGCCAAGUUUCUUCCACUUCGCAGAAGAGAAACUCAAGGAAGAGCUGAGCGUGGCUCAGGCACGACCAACUACCCCCCCCCUACUCCACCCUUUCCCUUUCCCACUCCCUUUUCCCUUCCCUUCCCUCCCCACUCCCAACCUCUAGCAUCCCCACCCAGGCAGCAUGGUGAGAUCUGCUCUGGAGUUCCUGCCACCAUGUACGUGAGCUACCUAUUGGAUAAGGACAUGAGCAUGUACCCCAGCUCCGUGCGCCAUUCUGGCGGGCUCAAUUUGGCGCCGCAGAACUUCGUCAGCCCCCCGCAGUACCCGGACUACGGAGGUUACCACGUGGCGGCUGCGAACUUGGACAGCGCCCAGUCCCCGGGUCCCUCUUGGCCCUCUCCUUACGGCGCUCCUCUCCGGGAGGACUGGAAUGGCUAUGCUCCCGGAGCCACCGCUACAGCCAAUUCAGUGGCGCACGGUCUCAAUGGGGGUUCCCCUGCAGCAGCUAUGGGAUACAGCAGUCCGGCCGAUUAUCACUCUCAUCACCACCCGCAUCACCACCCUCACCAUCCAGGCACUGCACCCUCCUGCGCCUCGGGGCUACUGCAGACACUCAACUCCGGGCCGCCGGUGGCCACUGCCGCUGAACAGCUCUCUCCUGGCGGUCAGCGGCGCAACCUGUGUGAGUGGAUGCGGAAACCGACGCAGCCCUCCCUGGGCGGCCAGGUUAAAACCAGGACGAAAGACAAAUACCGAGUCGUGUACACUGACCACCAGCGAUUGGAGCUGGAGAAAGAGUUUCACUAUAGUCGGUACAUCACCAUCAGGAGGAAAGCAGAGCUGGCUGCCACAUUGGGACUAUCUGAAAGACAGGUUAAAAUUUGGUUUCAAAAUCGAAGAGCCAAGGAAAGGAAAAUUAACAAGAAGAAAUUGCAGCAGCAGCAGCAGCAGCAGCAACCACCUCCACCUCAGUCACAACCCCAACCUGGUGCUUUGAGAAGUGGCCCAGAGCCACUAAGUCCAGUAGCCUCCCUGCAAGGCUCAGCUCCAGGGUCUGUUCCUGGAGUUCUUGGGCCUGCUGGAGGGGUGUUGGCCCCCACCAUCACACAGUGACCCAUGAUUGCUGAGACAGCCACAAGACUGGAGUGGUUCCAGGUUGGGUAUGAGGAAAGGUACUGGGAAGGACUAGCUUCUACCCUAAAUUAGUACCAUCUCCAUCGUGACACCCACCUGUCUGUCCUCCUAGGGGAAAAGGGGACCCAGGAUACAUGGACUGGGGAAAUCCCAUAGAAGUUAGCCUCUGAUAUCUGACUUUUCAAGAUUCCUUCCAUUCUGGGGAAGCAAAAGCUUCCAGGACUUCAUGGUGUUGGUGAAGCUGAAUAGGCAUUGCUUUUGGCCUUUUCUCUCUGCUUCUUAGCACCUUCAGCUGCCAACAUCUAAAGGCUUCACUCCCAACAGGAAACUGAGCAGAUCCAGUGGACAGAAAGUGUUUGGUGCCAUUCAUGACUUCUCUCACUCCCUCCAAUUACAAAGAGGCCCAUUUGUCCUGGGUCAGAAGAUUUGGACUUAGAAGUCAGAGUAGAGAAAGACAAAAAACUGUACUUUAGAGUUAGCUGAACCCAAAGUGAUUGGUGUCUCUUUCCUCCUCAUUCUCUCCUUAAACCAACACAGGGAGGGACACUUCUCAGGGGGUACUGUGGCUCCAGACUUGGGAGAAAGCACAGCUUGGAGAAUUGGACAUUGUUUAGAAAGCCUGUCACCCUAACCUCCCAAGCCUGAAUGUAUAUUUGGUGUCAUAAAUGCCAGAGCCAACCUGGGUUUCCUGUCGUUUUCACAAACUUGAUGCUGGCCUAGAGAUUUCUUUGUUGUUAUUACUGCUCUGGAGUUGCUGGUCUUUCACACAUGGGAGCCCUAUCACAAUAUUCUAAAGUAUUCUGGAUUGAAGAGGGGGAAAAGAAGUGAUAUGGUAGAAGAGAAUUGGGGGAGAGGGGAAUGGAGAAAAGGAAAGAACUCUGAAACACAUUUGAAUAUUUUCUUAAAAAAGAAAAAAAAAGGGGGGGGGGGAAGAUAAAUGAGCUUGCCAGACUUCAGACUCCUAUUUAUCUGCCUAAGAUUUUAUCUGGAGUUAUCUUUAAAAAAAAAUUAAACAUCUUCACUCCAGUCAGGAGCUAAAGCUGAAAGAAUCAGAGGGAUUAAAUGACUGGUCUCACUUUUUCCUGGAGGGUCCGCUUUAGGGAGCGGAUCCUGUGCCCUCACUGCCAUGCAUAGCCUUCCCCCCACCCACGGAAUUUGUUUUAACCCAGAGUCUUGGGGCAAAAUGCAUUUAAAUUAUCAGCUUCUCAGUCCCAGAUCUUUGGAGCUAUCUGGGGCCACCCCUGCCCGAGGAAAGGGACCCAACCUGGGCGGACCUCAAACUUAACCAACUGCCUAGUUCACUCGGCAGGUCCUUUUAUCGGCGACCACCCGUGUCCCUUCCCAGCAGGUCUUUUACAAACCAGUUAUCUGAAAGAAAAACAUCGACUGAAAUGCAAAUUUUUCACCUUUAUCCUGCUAAAUACAUAAAGUUUCCCACAAA